ACAAACACUGAAUGAACGGAAAUUCGUAAAAAAACAUCAUUGUCCAUGUUCAUAUUAUUAUUAAACAUGGCAACGUUACAGGAAUGGACGAGGUUGAGUUUGGCUCUGAUCUUCCUUUUGCUGAACACUGAUGGCGCAAAUGGACAGGUGGAUUACCCCAUACGUCUCGUUAACGGUAGUAGCUAUCUGGAGGGCCGAGUGGAGGUGUACGUCGACGGAUCGUGGGGAACAGUUUGCGAUGACAGCUGGGAUCUGUCAGACGCCACAGUGGUGUGUCGACAGCUGGGCUACGGAUAUGCCCUGCACGCUCAUUCAUUGGCGUACUUUGGACAAGGCAGCGGACCCAUCAAGUACGACAAUGUGCGUUGCCAGGGUGAUGAAAGCAUGUUACACCUUUGUCCGUUGUCGACCAUCGACAAUUGCGGACACCAUGAAGACGCUGGUGUGGUCUGCUCAGCACCCAGCCCGACUCCGUCAUCCCCAAUUGCAGCCCCAAGGAAUAUUCGUCUUGUCGAUGGCGGUGACACUUUUCAAGGUAGAGUGGAGGUGUACGUAGACGGCGCUUGGGGAACAGUCUGUGACGACGAAUGGGACAUCAACGAUGCAAGUGUAGUGUGCCGUCAGCUGGGCUACACCCGUGCCAUCUCAGCGCCCGGCUUGGCAUCUUUCGGCGCCGGAUCAGUCCCGAUAGCUUUAGACGACGUACGUUGUACAGGAGGGGAGAGUCGGUUGCAGGACUGCGAGUCAGCAAGCACUAACAACUGCAAUCACAACGAAGAUGCCGGGGUCGUCUGUGCAAAGGCCAGGUUCACCCUACGUCUCGUCGGUGGCAGCAGUGAAUCCCAGGGCCGAGUGGAGGUUUACGUGAAUGGGGUUUGGGGAACGGUCUGUGAUGACAGCUGGGAUUUAGAUGAAGCGAGGGUGGUAUGUCGCCAGCUGGGAUACGGCAAUGCCAUUGAAGCUGUCGGCUCGGAACGCUUUGGCCAGGGCAGCGGAGAUAUUUUGUUCGAUGACGUGGCGUGCACUGGAUCGGAGACAAACUUACUGGAUUGCUACUGGUCAACUGUAAUUAACUGUGGACAUCAUGAGAAAGCGGGUGUCAUCUGUGGUACAUCCAGGUCAGAUUCGUCAACAAUCCGACUUGUUGACGGUGACAGCGCGCUGGAGGGCCGUGUGGAGGUGUACGUCGGGGGUAUGUGGGGCACCGUCUGCGACGAUGUCUGGGAUCUCGCAGACGCCACCGUGGUUUGUCGCCAGCUUGGUUAUGGAAAAGCACUGACAGCUCAAGGGAACGCAGCCUAUGGCCCUGGAACCGGAUCGAUAGUCUUUGACGUAGUGCAUUGUCGGGGAACCGAAGACACUAUACAGGAUUGCUUUUAUUCUACUCAGGGCAACUGCCUUCACAGUGAAGAUGCAAGUGUCUCUUGUAGCAGUUCGUCGGCAGCCUAUGAGUUUGGUCAAGUGCGUCUGGUCGAGGGCAGUUCGGAGUACGAGGGAUACGUGGAGAUCUAUUACAAUCAACAAUGGGGCACUAUCUGCAAUGACCGAUGGGACAAGACAGAUGCAGACGUGGUUUGCAAGGAGCUGGGGCACGAGUUUGCCAUCGCCACAUCUGACACCUUAGAAUACAAAACCGGAAGGAGUAGUACCAAACCCAUCUGGCUUGAUGAUGUUGCCUGUGGAAGUUUUGAAACCAGACUAGUCAAUUGCGACCAUGACCAAUGGGAUAAUAACUACUGUUCUCAUGCUGAAGACGUGUGGGUGAAAUGCAACGGUGCUCCGGGACUCUCCUCCGGAGCGGUAAUUGGGAUUGGGAUAAUUGGGGUGAUCGGUGGCUGUAUUCUGUUGUUCGUCUGUUGCAAACUGAGCUGGGGACGUUGCAAAUCGACCAAAGGCCCCGCCAACUCAACAACAGCGGCUUCGUCAACUACCUAUUCCCCGGUACGGCGAACCAGCGGAAGUAAUCCUGGAGAUCUCGUGGUCCACUACCAUCCUCAGCAGUCCCCCCAGUUGUCAGAUGUCGAGGCCCCGCCCCCUCCCUACGAGUCAGUCAUCUCUCAGCCCACAAACUUCCCACUGGCUUUGUCAGCUACCUAUUCCCAGGUACCAACCAGCGGAAGUAAUCCUGGAGCUCCUCCUGUGGUCCACUACCAUCCACCUCAGCAGUAUAUUCAUCAACCCUCACAGCCAAUGCAGCCGUCUGCCCACCAGUUGUCAGAUACCGAGGCCCCGCCCCCUACCUACGAGUUGUCAGAUGCCGAGGCCCCGCCCCCUACCUACGAGUUGUCAGAUGCCGAGGCCCCGCCCCCUACCUACGAGUUGUCAGAUACCGAGGCCCCGCCCCCUACCUACGAGUCUGAUCCAGCCUAUCCACCAGCGCCAUUGCCGUCUGGUCAGAACCCCCCAUCUGCACCCAACCCAGCUGCACCCCAACCCCAGGUAAUAUCCAAUCCAAUGUACUUGGAUGCUGAUGACGUAAUCACUUAAUGGUUCAGGGAGGUUCGUAACUGGAAAGGAUCUGACAUCAGUUCCAGAUGACUGACGAGUCAUCGUAAGCCAAUCAUAAGCCGAUCACAAGUCAAUCAUAAGCCAGUAACAAGUGAAUCACAAGUCAAUCACAAGUCAGUAACA